CGUUGCCAUGGCAGCGGGAGCCCUCAGGGAGGCGCCGCCAUGAGCCCGCCCGAGGUGGAGCCGCUCGUGUGCCGCAAAUACGAGAUCAAGAGGCGCCUGGGCAAGGGCGCCUACGGCAUCGUCUGGAAAGCCACCGACCGCAGGACGGGAGAAACAGUUGCCAUUAAAAAGAUUUUUGAUGCUUUCAGGAACAGAACGGAUGCUCAGAGAACAUUUCGAGAGAUUAUGUUCCUGCAGGAGUUUGGAGAACAUCCAAAUAUCAUCAAGCUGCUCGAUGUUAUCCAAGCAGAAAAUGACAAGGACAUCUACCUCGUCUUCGAGUCCAUGGAGACAGAUUUACAUGCUGUGAUUAAGAAGGGGAAUUUGCUGAAAGACAUCCACAAGUGUUAUAUUCUCUACCAACUCCUGAAGGCAACUAAAUUCAUCCAUUCAGGGAAUGUUAUUCACAGGGAUCAGAAGCCCUCCAACGUGCUGCUGGACGCGCGCUGCCGUGUGAAGCUGUGCGACUUCGGCCUGGCGCGCUCCCUGUGCCGGCGCGGCGCCGAGCGGCGCGGCCCGGCCCUCACCGAGUACGUGGCCACGCGCUGGUACCGCGCCCCCGAGAUCCUGCUGGCCGCCCGCAGUUACACUAAGGGUGUGGACAUGUGGAGCAUUGGCUGCAUUCUGGGAGAGAUGCUGCUUGGAAAGCCUCUUUUCCCUGGAACAUCAACAAUGAAUCAAAUAGAGCAGAUCCUUAGGGUCAUCCCUGCUCCAUCCCCAGAAGAUAUUUUGGCUCUGCAGUCAGAGUACAAGGCCUCGGUUAUUAACCACAUGAGCUCAAGGCGGCGAGUAGCAUUUGAGGAGAUUUUCCCACCCUGUACUCCACUGCCUGCCCUGGAUCUGCUGAAGAAACUUCUGGUGUUUAACCCUGUCAAACGGCUCACAGCAGAGCAGGCUCUGCAGCAUCCCUAUGUGAGCAGAUUCCACUGUCCUUCCCAGGAACCCUCUCUGGAUUUUGAUGUGAUCCUUCCUCUGGGUGAUGAUGUCCAGCUGUCUGUGGCAGAAUAUAGAAAUAAAUUAUAUGAGCUGAUCCUUGAAAAGAAGUCAAAGAGCCUUCCAAAGGAGCAAGAGUGGAGAGAAGACAUUCAGCACUCUGAACCCAGCACACUUCUCCCAGGUUUCAGCUCAGUGACUGAACCCACCAGAAAAGGCCACCAAGAACCAGCACCCCCUCCUCUAAAGCCUCCUCAUGAGCCCACGGGUGCCACAGCUGGGGUGCAGCCAGCAGGGUCCAGCCAGAGCAAGGACUUGGCCAGACCUGUGUGCCAGAGGUCACAGAUCAGUGUGGUGAUCUACAAUCCCAUCACUCACACCACUGUGCAGAGAAAUGCAAAUCCUGGUGCUGGGAUCAGGAACUGUUCUGCACCACCUCAGCAAUGCACAAUCUCCAACAAUGAGAAACUGGGGAGACAAAUCACAUGGCCACACACUCGGCUCUCUCCUACAGGCGUGCAGAACCUUCACAAUAAUCCCAGAAACUCUCAGUGUCACAGCAAAGAUGUUCGUCCCCUCCUGAAGCCCAGUAAAAAGAUGUUCCAGAUCACUGCCAACGUGGGAGCUGCAGGUGAUCCAAGGGCAUCCAUGGGCAGCUACUCGCAGGCCUAUGGAACCAUCAGUGAAUCUGCGCUGCAGAGUCUCCCAAUAGAAAAGGCCUCCAAAACCCCUGAGCAGUGACUGUGGAGAAUUCCAGACAGAAAGCAAAGUUUCAUGAGAUACUAUUGCUGAGACAUAAAGGUGUUGCCUGCCUACAGUGGGACUACAGGAAACUUUAAAUUCCUGUUUCAGUGAUUUUGGAUACAUUUUCCCCAUUAGCCUGAAGCUCUUGAGGUUUCACUCUACCCGUGAUGAAUGAUUGUUAUUACCCCCAGCUCUCUCAACUGCUCAUGGUGCUCCAGACCCGUCAGCUCAUGAACUGCAGAUUCACUCUCGAGGAAGUCACUGCUUGGCCAAGGCAGGAUUGACUUUAGAAGCCUCUUUAAACUCAGACUGACCUGAGAAGGCCUCCUGAAACCAAGCCCUUCUCCAUCAACAGCAUCUCAGCAGCUUCUUUCAGCUCAGCCCCUAAAGCAAGUAAUUCCCUGCACACAAAGGAACAAACCACAGGCAAACCAGACCCUGCAGGCUCAGGAACUGCUAAAGACAAAAGCUGGGCUUGUGCUGCUGGGGAAGAUCAGAACCAGAUUAGGCCAAGACGUUGAUUGCAACUCUUUUUUGUAUGUAAACCUUCAAAAAGGUGCCUCCUAUCUCUGAUUCACUGUGAGAUACAAAAAAAGAGUAACUUCACCCGAGAAA